AUGGAGGAACAAGAUGAUCAACAAACUCCCCACAAUUCUGCUUCUGAUAAUCAUCAAACAAGUGUUACCAGAACAAACAGUAGUACCUCCUUUAUGAUGGAUCAAAUUAGUGAUGAAACAACUCAAUCGUUAAUUGAGGAAAUUUCAUCAAAAUCAUUUAGAGCCUCUCCAACUUCGUAUUAUCAUCAAAGCUUUCUGAAUCAGCAGCUUCAGUACAACAACAAUUCAAUGAGUCAGAAUUAUAGUGGAAAUAGUCAGGAUUACUUUCCAAGUGAUUCAGUUUCUACUAAUCAAAAUUCUGAAAGGAGUCAAGCAUCAUCAAUGAGACAGCAACAUCAUAAUCAACAAAACAACAUACCAAUUAAUUCUAAACAUUUCAAUGUGCAAUGUUAUAGAGGUAAUUUGAGUCAAGAAGAGUCAAUUCAAGCACAAACUUCACAACAACCAUUAUUACAUCCCAAAUCGAUAACAAUCGAAUGGGUCUUUGACGAUUGUAUUACACAGAGGUAUAUACACAAGAGAUUGAAGAAGUGUUUAAGUGGGAAACAAUUUUCUGAUGUAGAGUUUCGUUUCUCCAAUGACUAUUCGAUUGAUGAAGAAAUUCCAAAGAAAACAUCCACGACUCUUACCAUCUCAGAGAAUGCUUGCUUCCUCAUUCCAUCCAUUGCAUGUAAGAUUGAUGAGGGAAAGAUCCAAACCAUAGAGUUACAAAUUCCUUUUUGUUUUCAUUUUGCCAUCGAUUAUCCAGAGGACAUUCCUUCACUCGUAACAAGUUACAAUCAAAAAGUUACAAUGGAAGGUUGUGUCGUAUUCUCAUCCCAGGUAUUUGUUCAGAUCUUUGAGUGGUGUGAACAUUAUUCCACUAAUAAGGAGUUUAUUCAGAUUGAUUUAGAGGGAAAGGGAAUGAUGUUUUGUUGUAAUAGUGAAUCGUAUUUCAAAUCAGUGAUUGGUGAAUGGAAUUGGGACUUUUUACAAUCAAUGGAUAAGAAUUUAUUGUUGCAAACAUUGAUCAUGUCUCAUAUUCUAUCAAUUACACCACUUUUGCUUAUGAUUAAGACCAAGAUUAUGUUUGAUGUUAGACAAAAAUGUAAAGAAGCUGCCUCUUAUCAACCUUCACAUGCAACCACCAAAAUUCAAUUUUUAAACUAUUUUGUCCAAGAUCCAUCCAAAUGCCAAUCCCUUAUCAACUCACCAACUAUUCACUCAUCACCAAUUCCACACAGAAGACAUGCCAGAUCCAGUAGCUAUGAUAAGAUUAGAGGAUUGACCAGUAGCAGCAGCAACAGCAGCAAAAGAAACUCACCAGCUCUUGCCUCUUCCUCAGCAGCUGCUCUACUAACCUCCACCACAUCUGUACCUUCUUCUUCGUCUACCUCUUCAUCAAAUGGUCAAAAAAGUUCAAUGAUUGAAGAUAAGGUUUUGGCCACACUUGGUGACUCUGAAAAAGGACUAAUUCAUUUUAUGAGAAUUAGAUAG